AUUACCUCUUAAACCUUUUUUCUUGAAACCGUUUUCCACAAGUCAUGGCCGACAAGGUUCAACAACAGGAGCAUCAGGCCGUGUCCGAAACUCCUGCUGCUUCGCAAGAAGUUCAAGCUAACGAUCAAGUCGUGGCUCCCGAAGACGUGGCCGUCGAGGAGACUUACCAGUUGACCGUCAAGGUGCCUGGACAACCAGGUGAAAUCAAAAUUAUUGCCAGUCCACGUGAGGCGAUCCAGGAUAUUAAACAAUCGAUCAUGGAAUCACCCGAGACUUGCGCUCAUUCUUGCUUCUACUUGGCUUUCCAAGGCAAGCGUCUCAAUGACUUUGGAGAAUUGGGUGAAGUCGAGGGCAUUACUACCGAAAGUGUCCUCGAGUUGGUGGAAGACAAAUAUACCGAACGUGAUGUGCGUCUCCAUAUCAAUCGUCUUCGCGAUCUUCUCGGUGGUCCCUACAAGCCAAACCCUUCGGCUGUGGGUAUUGAUCCCGCUCUUUCCUUCUUGACAGCCGUGACCGGCGAGAUCGAUGAGGAGAUUAUCACUGAGGGUGAAAAGAAGAUGGAAGAUCUUUUCUCUGACGAACCUGUUCCCGAACAUGCUUUCACCCAUGCCGAUUUGAAGGCUCGUGCCCAGCUGUCUGAUUUUGUGCCUUCGACUUUCCAGCGCUACGCACCCCAAUGUAUCAAGAGCUUAGCUUUGUCUGGAUGGAACCCCGUGCCUCACUCUCAGCGCUUGAAGGGUGAUUUGAUGUAUAUUAUCGUGACGACCUUGGAGAACGAAAUCCUUCACAUCACCGCCUCCGUCAACGGAUUCUUUGUCAACAAAUCCUCAAGCACCAAAUUCGAUCCUGCCCCCCGUGCCGGCCCAAAGUCGAUCUGCCACUCGCUCAUCACUUUGUUGCAAAAGGUGUCGCCUUCUUUUGCCACCAACUUUACCAAGGUUCAGGACUUUAUUACCCGCCAUCACAUGCUGGAAGUGUUGCCUGUCAAUACCUAUUACCCCAGCUACCCGUGGGCCGUUCAGCCUCCUCAGCCUACCUACGAUCCCGCUCGUCCUGCUGAAGCUCUUCUCAAUUUCGGCACCGAUGCCGUGGAAUCGCUCCGCGACUGGAACGACGAAUUGCAGUCCCACCGUGAAUUGCCAAAGUCAAACCUCCAAGAACGUGUGUUGCGUGAACGUCUGAUCAACAAGGUGCAAUCCGAGUUCACUGAUGCCGCCGUGAGCGGUGCUAUGGCGGUGGUGAAUGGUUCCGUGGUUCCGUUGAAUCCUAUGGAACCCGAAGAAUCUCACAUGUACGUGUACAACAACAUCUUCUUCAGCAAGGGCAACGAUGGACGUGGUACCUUUGAAGCUUUGGGUGCCGAUGAAGCGGCUCACGUCGCCACGGGCAAGGAUCUUGAAGGCGUCAAGAUCUUGAACAGUAUCGAUCCCGAAGGUCUUUAUACUCUGGGCAGCGUGAUUGUUGAUUACAAGGGUGUUCGUAUUGUCGCGCAAAGCAUCGUUCCCGGUAUUUUCCGCCGUCAAGACGAUAACUCUAUUGUCUAUGGUUCCGUCGACAACGGUAGUCAGAUCUCGGCCGACGAAAAGUUCCAUGAAAUCAUUGGUAAUGAAGUAGCCAAAUCGCUCCAUUUGGCCGAACAUACCUUGGUCGAUGCGGAAGAUAAGAAGACCCGUCUUUACACCUCGCUCGAAACCAAGGGUCUCUUGGGCGCCGACGGUCGUCGCUACCUCUUGGAUCUCUACCGAUUGAACCCUGUCGAUAUCGUAUUCCAAGAAAACGAAGGUGUGGCCACCGAAGGUGAAAAUGCCAAACCUGCUUAUCCUCACAAGAUGACCCUGUUGCGUCCCGAACUGAUGUCUCUGUUCUGGGAACGCAAGUUCCGCGACUGGGUCAAGCAAAAGAGCGAAGCUCUCAAGAAGGAACGUGCUGAGCAGAAGCAAUUGCAAGGUGAUGCUGAGAAGCCUGCCGAGGAAAAGAAGGAACAAGAUCAAGUGGUUGAAAAGACCGAGGAGGCCAAGGAAGGCGAGCAAGCAGCCGAGGAGGAGGAAGAGAUCAAGAUCGAUGUUUCAGAGUUCCAGCUUUCCUUCAACCCUGAUGUGUUCACUGGCGCCAAACAGCCCGAGGGUAAGGAACUGGAUGAAAUCAAAAACCAAGAAACCGUGAUCCGUGACGCUUCCAAAUUCUUGAACGAUGAAAUCCUUCCCAGCUUGGUGCUUGAUUUCGCCUCGUAUUCCAUUUCUCCUUUGGAUGGUGAUGCGUUGACCAAGGCGAUGCAUCGUCGCGGUAUCAACAUGCGUUACUUGGGCAAAUUGGCUGAACUUGUUUCGGUCAGCCAGGAUAAGCGUAUCGAUCACAUUCAUCAUUUGGCGAUCCAGGAAAUGAUUGUCCGUGCCUGCAAGCGUAUGCUCCGCAACUACCUCCUCGAAUGUGCUUUGGACGAAACCAGCUUGUGUGUGUCCCACUUUUUCAACUGUCUCAUGGGCGGUGACUUCAACCCCAAGCCUGCGCCGGUGUUGCCUGAAGGAAAGAUUAAGAACGAUUUCAAGUGGGCGGGUCUCACUCCGGCUUCUUUGAAGCAUCUCUUGAAGGAACAAGUGUUGCUUCGAUUCCGUUACAAACUGACCGAUGACGAUCUUGCCAACUUGAAGAUCUUGCCUACGCUCCGAGAAGUCUGCUUGCGUGUCGGUAUCCAGAUGGAAGCGAGAAACUACCGUUUCCAUGCUUACACUGAAGAAGAAAAGGCCGCUAUUGCUGCUGAAGAUGCGGCCGCUCGAUCCCAAGCCGAUCGUCAGAAGCAGUUGCAGAACAAGAGCAGCCGCAAGACUCACAAGAAGAGUCAAAAGGAAGACCAACGUGCCACGGUGAUCCGACGUAAGACUACCUUUAUACCCGAGGAUGUAUUUAACGUCAUGCCUACCGUCAAACAGGCUUCCACAAGAAGCUUGUUUGCUGAAGAAACCUUUGAAGCCGGUAAAAUGAGUUUGGCUCAAGGCCACCGCCAGUUAGGUCUUGAACUCUUGCUCGAGUCAUUGACGUUGCACGAACAGACGUACGGUUUCCUUCAUCCCGAAACAAGCAAGUGCUAUGCUACUUUGGCCAUGAUCUAUCAUCAUGACGAAGACCGUGAAGCGGCUCUUGAUUUGCAACGCAAGGCGGUCAUUGCUGCCGAAAGAACAUGCGGUGUGGAUCAUCCCGAGACGAUCCAUCAUUAUCUUAACUUGGGCUUGUUCGAACAUGCUGCUGGUCGUACUAAGCUUGGUCUCCGUUAUUUGCGCCAUGCCUUGUUCUACUGGGAUCUUUUGUUCGGCCCUGGUCACCCUGAUUCCGCCACUGCUGACAACAAUGCUGGUGUGAUGCUUCAAUCCCUUCGCGAUUAUACCGUUAGCACAGUCUUCUUUGAGAGAGCUUGCGCGACCCAAGAAUCCAUUCUCGGCAAAGAGCAUGUCAUCACUGCCACAGGAUACCAUGUUCUUGCUAAGGCCUACACACUCCAAGGCGACUUUACCAAGGCAUUAAAUGCUGAACGUACAGCCUACAAUGUCUUUGAAAAGAAGCUUGGUGUUGAAGAUCCUCGCACAAAGGAAAGCGACAUGUGGUUGAAGGAGUUGACAUCGAACGCCUUGUUAACGGCACAACGCGCUCGUGAACACGAAGCAAAAGCCAAGGACCUGCCUGCUGCCGCGGCCGCAGCCGCAGCCGCAGCAACGGCUCGCGCCACCAAGAAAAAGAUUGAAAUUCCCAAGGGCGAACUUCCGCUGGAGGAAGUGCUCAAAUACAUCAAUGGCGAUGCUCAGGCUUCCGCCCGAAAAGGCAAGAAGAAGGCCCAAAAGAACCGCCAGUAAAAAGCAUUUUGAUAGAUGUGCAUAAGACAUAAAAAAAAAGAACGACUAGCCAAUAUUCACUGUCAUAGAAGACAACAAAAAAGUUUGAUUAAAUGUAUUACUAAAGAAAACUUUGUAUUCAAAAAAUAACAAUAAACGCAAAACUGAUACA